AAUUUGUGCUCUGGAAUGGUAUGGAAAUGGUGUGAAAAAUUCACAUUCCAGCUGUCAAAACGCGAAACAACAACAAACCAUACCGAAACGUCACUUCACCCAUUUGACACUUACAUAAUUCGGUGCAACUUUGGAAAGCGCCAGCCAAUGAUUCGCAGCUUCUGGAACCGCUACAAGGUCGUGAUUAUCUUUCCAGCGCUCGCGUUUGGCUCGAUUGCGGCCGACUACAGCUACACCCGGCAGUGGAAGAAGGCACGGUUGGAGCACAGCCAGCAGCAGACUAAUCACGCGUAACCGGACCCUACGCUAUCAACCCCACUCCCCCUGCAACGCUAUCAACACAACCGCAACAUGUUCGGACUGACCCGCCAGUAUCUGUGGAGUGUGGUGCCGAUGUUCGGGUUCGGGCUCGGCUGGUUUCUGGACACCAAGGAAACGGAACGUAUGACGAUGUUCCGUGACCGGAGCGCACUGUACGGCCGCCAGCUGAAGGAGGGCGAGAAACCAUCGUGGCCUUAGGCCAACCGGUACAGCAGCACACGUUUAGAAAGAGAGCGAAAAUCGAAAUACAAUAAUGAUGUGAAUCCGUAAAACUUA